UCAGCCGAGUACAGGGAUUCACGAACAAGCAUCGAAGACGGUAGCCCCCAAUAUACAGAAGCAAAUCUACGCCCAAUCCCUUCUGACGACUUGACGCUAUUAGAGAUGUCCCACUCUUUUACCAGCGCUCAGUCCGGCCUUUCUAGUGCUGUUGAACCGAGUGGCCCUGAAUAUGAGAAUUCACUUGAAGAGCGAGGCAUUCAUUCCCUGCCCUACCAUGUGUGCCUGAGUCUAAAAGUCUAGCCAAAGCUACACUUACUUUAGUAAAUAUAAGAAAGAGCCCAGGCUCUAACGACGACAAUACAGAAAAUUUCCGGAGGAGGCUUCACAAAAGUGGAAACGGAGGUACAUAGUGCAAUGUAGGCCCCGACACCUAAGAUAUUACCAAUGAUAGACCGCUUCUGGGAUAGCGAACGCGAUGCUAUUCUGGUGAAUCAGCAAUGGGAGCGUGAGGCUGUGUGGCCUCAAGACAGCCCACCAGCC